CAGAAAGUUUUGUCGGAGUUAUUAACACAACACUCUUGUUGUUGACGUAGAGAGCAGUGAUCUGUGAAAUGGGUGUGGAGAACGGAGAAGAGAUAAAAGAUGAUGAGGCAAGCACAUCAGAGAAUGGGAAAAAGGAAGAAGGAAGGAAGAAAGAAAGAGAAAAGACAGAGAGAGUUCCGUUUUAUAAGCUGUUCGGUUAUGCACACUCCACUGACAUUUUCUUUAUGGCUGUUGGGAGCAUUGCUGCCAUUGCAAACGGUGUCGCUUUCCCUCUCUUGGCAUUACUAAUGGGUCAAAUAAUUGAUACCUUCGGCGCCACUAACCCAAAUCUACUCCAAGAUGUUUCCAAGGUUUGUCUUAAAAUUUUAUACUUGGCACUAGGAUCUGCAAUAGGAGCCUUCCUACAGGAGGCAUGUUGGGCGGUGACGGGGGAGAGGCAAACUGCACGAAUAAGGGAACUGUAUCUGAAAACUAUUCUCAGACAAGAUAUCGCUUUCUUUGAUGAGGAAACAAACACCGGAGAGGUGAUAGGGAGAAUAUCAGGUGACACCAUUCUUUUACAAGAAGCCAUGGGUGAGAAGGUUGGGAGAUUUGUGCAGCUUGUAGCAACAUUCACCGGUGGAUUUGUGAUAGCGUUGGUGAAAGGGUGGCUUCUUACUGUUGUCAUGCUGUCCUCUCUUCCACUUCUUGUUUUGUCAGGUGCUGCUGUGGCCUUCACCAUACAAAGGAUUGCUUCCACAACUCAAACAGCUUAUGCAAAAGCUGCACGUCUUGUCCAACAGACUAUUGGCUCAAUAAGAACCGUUGCAUCCUUUACUGGGGAAAAACAAGCAGUAUCUAGUUAUAACAAAGAUCUUGCACAUGCUUACAAAUCAGGAAUUCAAGAAGGUUGCAUUCAUGGAAUCGGUGCAGGCACACUUUUGUUUGUUACUUUCGGGACUUAUGCUUUGGGAGUAUGGUAUGGAGCAAAGUUGAUAAUGGAAAAAGAAUAUAGUGGGGGCAGGGUGAUAAAUGUGAUUGUUGCCAUACUUAUCGGUUCAUCGUCUCUUGGACAGACAUCCCCUUGCAUAAAUGCUUUUUCUUUAGGUCAGGUUGCAGCAUACAAAAUGUUCCAGACGAUUGAAAGGAAGCCAGAGAUAGACGCUUACGAUCCAAAUGGGAAAAUAUUACAAGAUAUUCAAGGCGAAAUAGAGUUAAGGGAUGUUUAUUUCAGUUACCCAUCAAGACCAGAAGAACUGAUAUUUGGUGGAUUCUGUCUUCGUAUAGCAGGUGGUACAACUGCAGCUUUAGUUGGACAAAGUGGAAGUGGAAAGUCUACAGUUAUCAGCUUGGUAGAAAGAUUCUACGAUCCACAGGCUGGUGAAGUUCUUAUUGAUGGCAUUAACCUCAAAGAAUUUCAGCUAAGGUGGAUCAGAGGAAAAAUAGGCCUUGUCAGCCAGGAGCCUGUGUUGUUUGCAUCUACCAUUAAGGAUAAUAUCGCAUAUGGAAAAGAAGGUGCAACAAUUGAAGAGAUAAGAUCUGCCGCUGAACUUGCAAAUGCUGCUAAGUUCAUUCAUAAGCUUCCACAGGGAUUGAACACAGUGGUUGGUGAUCAUGGAAGCAAGCUAUCUGGUGGGCAGAAGCAACGCAUUGCCAUAGCCAGAGCAAUUCUGAGAAAUCCUCGAAUUCUACUUCUGGAUGAAGCCACAAGUGCACUUGACGUAGAGUCAGAAAGAAUAGUUCAAGAGGCUCUAAAUAGGAUCAUGAUCAACAGAACUACUAUUGUGGUGGCGCAUCGCUUGAGCACAGUGAAGAAUGCUGAUACGAUUGCUGUCAUUCACAGAGGGAAAAUGAUUGAGAAAGGAACACACUCAGAAUUAUCAAAGGGUGAUGGAGCUUACUCUCAACUUAUACGCCUACAAGAAAUAAGCAAUGACUCAGAAGAAAAUGCUGAUCAUCACAGCAAGGGUGAAAUUUCAGUAGAAUCGUUUAGACAAUCUAGUCAAAGGAGAUCACUUGAAAGAUCUAUCAGUAGGGGUUCAUCCAAAGGGAAUAGUAGCAGACACUCUCCUUCGGUUUCCUUUGGUUUAUCCAAAGGAGUCAAUGUCUCUGAUCCUGAACUUGAAAACUCACAACCCAAAGAACAAGCUCCAGAGGUUCCACUUAGCCGCCUUGCUUCCCUCAAUAAGCCAGAGAUUCAUGUCCUUUUGAUUGGAUGUGUAGCUGCCAUAGCAAAUGGUGUUAUAUAUCCAAUAUAUGGGUUGCUGGUUUCCAUGGCCAUCAAGACAUUUUAUGAACCAUUUGAUCAGAUGAAAAAAGACUCCAAGUUUUGGGCACUGAUGUUUACUGUCGUUGGUAUUGCAGCAUUUGUGACAAAUGUCGGACAACGAUACUUUUUUUCUGUGGCGGGAUGCAAGUUAAUCCAGCGUAUCAGGCUAAUGUGUUUUGAGAAGGUUGUAAACAUGGAGGUUGGUUGGUUUGAUGAAGCUGAAAACUCAAGCGGUGCUCUCAGUGCGAGACUCUUAGCAGAUGCGGCUUUGGUACGUGCCCUUGUUGGUGACGCGCUGGGACUAUUCGUUCAAAAUUCGGCAUCUGUAUUGGCUGGAUUCAUUAUUGCUUUCACUGCAUCUUGGCAGACGACGUUAGUUAUUCUUGUCCUGAUUCCCUUUUUUGGAAUCAAUAUAUACCUUAAGAACAAACUCUCGAACGAAUUCAGUGCAGAUGUAAAGAUGAUGUAUGAGGAAGCGAGCCAAGUUGCUAAUGAUGCAGUUGGAAGCAUAAGAACGGUUGCUUCUUUCUGCGCUGAAGACAAGAUUAUGGAACUAUACAGGAAAAAAUGUGAGGCCCCCAUCAAAGCAGGGAUACGAGGAGGAUUGAUCAACGGAGCAGCGUUUGCGGUUUUGGCUUUCUCGUUGUAUGGUUUUCACGCAACCAGUUACUACGCAGGAGCUAGACUCGUGGAAGCUGGGAAGGCGUCAUUCUCAGAUGUUUUCCGGGUUUUCUUUGCAUUAACUAUGGGAACUGCUGGUAUUUGCCAAUCAAGAUCCCUUGCUCCUGACUCGAGCAAAGCGAAGUCAGCCACUGCGUCCAUAUUUAAAAUGCUUGAUAAGAAGUCGAAAAUAGAUCCGAGUGAUGAGUCUGGCAUCACACUGGACAGCGUCAAGGGAGAAAUUGAGCUUCGUCAUGUGAGCUUCAAGUAUCCAUCUAGGCCUGAGAUACCCAUUUUCCAAGACCUCAGCUUGGGUAUCCAUUCUGGCAAGACGGUGGCUCUUGUUGGUGAAAGUGGAAGUGGGAAAUCCACAGUGAUUUCCUUGUUGCAAAGAUUUUAUGAUCCUGAUUCAGGGCAAAUCACACUUGAUGGUGUGGAAAUUCGUGAGUUGCAACUCAAGUGGUUUAGACAGCAGAUGGGCCUUGUAAGCCAAGAGCCAGUUUUGUUCAAUGAAACAAUACGUGCCAAUAUUGCCUAUGGAAAAGAAGGCAAUGCUUCUGAAGCAGAGAUCAUAGCUGCAGCAGAAUUGGCCAAUGCACAUACAUACAUUAGUGGCCUACAACAGGGUUAUGAUACUUUGGUGGGGGAGAGAGGAACCCAAUUAUCUGGUGGCCAAAAGCAACGGGUAGCCAUUGCACGAGCCAUAAUAAAAAAUCCGAAGAUAUUGCUGCUCGAUGAGGCGACGAGUGCAUUAGAUGCAGAAUCAGAAAGAGUUGUUCAAGAUGCAUUGGACAAAGUGAUGGUGAACAGAACCACUGUGGUGGUUGCACAUCGUCUAUCCACAAUAAAAAAUGCAGAUGUGAUUGCUGUUAUCAAAAAUGGAGUCAUAGUGGAGAAAGGAAAACAUGAAACACUUAUUAACGUCAGUGGUGGAUUUUACGCUUCCUUAGUCCAACUUCACACAAGUUCUUCGACACCUUGAAUUUUGUUUGGAAUAACUACCUUGAUCGUUGGUACUCUAUGAAUUGAUCGUUGAAUCGGUGUAAUUUCAUCCGUUAAUUUCGUUGAAUAGGGAAAAACUGUGAGAAUAGGUUAAGUUGUGGAUUAAAACUAUAAAUUUGGUCUCUGAGUUGUGAUU